CCAUCCAUGGCUGAGUUGGCCGAGCUGACAUGCUCUAGUUUCUCGACGUGCGCCAGACCAGCGCGUAUACAUACAUGGCAGCAGCACUCCUUGCGGUACGCAACACACUUGACCACCACCGUAUGUCUCGUCUAUCGUCCCUCCUGUGUCCUCCUCACAUCACUCGCUCCUUCCACUGCCAACUGGUCCUCCCUACCAACCGAGAAGUUCCGUCUCGCCUCUCGCCCCUCACAGCAUCCACGUGCGUGUAGGUUCAUCCUUGCGUGAGUUUUUGGAUUGCUCGAAGCAGUCAGUUCAGUACGCCUUCCGCGAAAGGCAUCUCAGAGCUGAGACGUCGCGUGCGACAGCUCGUCACCAUCGCAUGCGAUCACCUCUUACUUAGCCCGUCCUUGUCGGUCCGCGCCAUUCGCUCUUCCGCCGCACCUCCUCCAGCCAGCCAUCGCAGCGCCGGCGAGCCACCUUAAUCAGCAGAGCUGUUGACCUUUGAGUCGACUCAAAGGUCACCUUCAGCGUUACCAGUGUUUCGGCAAUCCACUUUCGCGCGCAAGUCACGCCCCCUUUCAGUGCUCGUCUAACCACGCGCUCUCGCUCUCAGUAGCUGCUCUGUAACUGCUGUUCGCCUAGUCCGUAACGUCAGUAGAUCGCCGUGUCGUGACCAGUGCAGCACAGCAUGGCGUCCUCCCAGCGUGGCCGUGCAAUCCGCGCAACCUCCACGUUGUUCCGGCAAUUUGGCCUUCUUCCCCGUCCCGCGCCGAACCCCGCACUUCAUCCAGCCCCAUCGCACUCCGCGUCCUCCCGCUCUGCGCCGCUAAACCUGCAAUUACUCCGCGCAAUGUCCGCGGCCCUCCCCCUCCACCAAACCCCGUCAGCCACCGCUAGCAUCCACGCACUUGCCUCGGCAAAGGUUGGGUUCCGCGCGCUUGUGUCUCGCGGUCCUGAGUCCCUCACCCCUGGCGCGACAGCACGGGCAGCGUACGCCACUGUGGCUGUCUCCAGAGACCCGCAAUUUGCCACGCUAGAAGAUGCUGAUGUGGAGUAUUUUAAGGGGGUGUUAGGCGAGCGUGGCGUGAUCACGGACCCUGAUGCUGUGGGAGCAGCCAACGUGGACUGGAUGGGCAAGUACAAGGGGAAUAGCAAGCUGCUACUGCGACCAACCACAACACGCCACGUGGCGGAUGUUUUGAAGUACUGCAAUGAGAGGCGGCUGGCUGUGGUGCCUCAGGGCGGCAACACGGGGUUGGUGGGCGGCAGUGUGCCUGUGUUUGAUGAGAUUAUUUUGAGCCUCGCAGGAAUGAACAAGAUAAUCUCAUUUGAUGAGGUCAGCGGCAUCCUUGACUGCGAGGCAGGCUGCAUUCUCGAGUCCCUCGACACCUUUCUGGCUGACAGGGGGUUCGCGAUGCCAUUGGAUCUGGGCGCCAAGGGCAGCUGCCAGAUAGGCGGCAACGUGUCCACCAACGCGGGCGGCAUCCGCCUGCUGCGCUACGGCUCCCUGCACGGCUCUGUGCUCGGGCUGGAGGUGGUGCUGGCGGACGGCACGGUGGUGGACAUGACGAGGGCGCUCAGGAAGGACAACACGGGCUACGACCUCAAGCAGCUCUUCAUCGGGGCGGAGGGCACGCUAGGCGUGGUGACGAGGGUGGUGCUGCUGGCGCCCCCGCGGUCGCCCUCCGUGCACGUGGCGCUGCUGGGGUGCUCGUCCUUUGACGCCGUGCAGCGGGUAUUCUGCGAGAGCAGGCGCCAUCUAGGGGAGGUGCUGUCUGCCGCUGAGUUCUUCGACAGCAACUCUUUACGCAUGGUGCUGAAGCACAACGAGGGCACCAGGGACCCGCUGCCAGACGGGGCAUACCCUUUUUACGUCCUCAUUGAGACGUCGGGCAGCCAGGCAGAGCAUGACAGGGCGAAGCUGGACGCGUUCCUGGAGAGUGUGAUGGAGGAGGGGGUGGUGGACGACGGCACGGUGGCGCAUGACUCCACUCAGGCCGCUGCCAUCUGGCACCUGCGAGAGGGUGUGGCGGAGGCGCUGCAGCGCGCGGGGGCGGUGUACAAGUACGACCUGUCGGUGCCCGUCAAGGACCUGUACGCUCUUGUGGAGGAGAUGCGCACCCGGCUGGAGGGCAGUGCAGCGGAGGUGGUGGGGUACGGGCAUCUGGGAGACGGCAAUCUGCAUCUCAACAUCUCCGCACCCACAUAUGAUGACAAGCUGUUGGAGCGGAUAGAGCCGUUUGUGUACGAGUGGGUGGCGGGGCGGCAGGGCAGUGUGAGUGCGGAGCACGGGCUGGGGCUCAUGAAGGCCAACGCCAUCCACUACAGCAAGGCGCCGCACGCGGUGGCAGUGAUGAAGAGAGUGAAGACCUUGUUUGACCCCCAUGGCAUUCUCAACCCCUACAAGCUCCUGCCCUCUCCUUGAGCCAUAGCCUGGAAGCACAAAAUAUUUUGGGAAUGGUACGUGCAUACCCUACACACACUGCUUGUGCCAUAGCAAGUGUUGUGGCGUACAAUCAAACAAAUAUGAUUGCAGCUGGCUAGUGCGUGCUUCCAUUUAGCCGUCCUCCGUCAACUUGGCCCAAGUUUUACCUCUUGCCUAUGGUCCUAAUUUGACAUUUGGGAAAUUGCCAA